UCGGAGCGAAGCCGACCGUCCCAAUCGCUUUCUUUCCGAGCGAUGCUGCGCGGCGCCAUCGUUCUAGCUGUGGUCAAGUCAGCCAGAUGCGCGCAGAGGCGUCCGGAACUCAGGAGAAACGCCCGUUUGACCGAGAGACCACCGACGAAUUGUCUGCGCUCUUCUAUCCAUCGUCUGUACACCACAAUUAAGGACGCGCAGGAAGAAAAAAUAAUUCAACGCGCGAAAGAAAUUUGGAUUCGCCACGAAAACGAUGCAAAAACCAAAAGGCGUCUCGAAGAAAUCUUCGAAAAGUUCGACGAACAGUCAAACUCAUGUGCUUCGAACCCCUCGAAUCCCGGUGGUCCACCGCGUGCGAGCGACCUUGCAGAGCUCAAGUAUCUUAAGUACUACACGUCGAGCAUGUUCGAUCCGUCUCAUUCGAAACCAAACAGAUCAGAAAUGUUUAGCUUUGCCAUUCUAAACGUAGGCAUCAUCUAUGCUCAGUCUGAGCACCUAUCGAGCAAAGCAAGGCUCGCAUUCGAACAAACUCUUCAAUUCAACCCUCACUGUUCUGAGGCGUGGCGCCUGUUGAGCGAUCUGGAGCUACGACAAAAAAAUAUUAGGAAAGCGAUGGAAUAUCUCCAAAAAUGUGUAUCCAUUUCACCGCUAUACGUUCCGGCUUAUUCUGACUUGGCGAGUCUUUAUAUGAUGGAAAAGAAAUUCGAUUGCGCCGUCGCCAUCAUCGAGAAGACACUGAAGCUAGACGACUCAAAUCCUAUCCUUCACAUGAACCUAGCAAUCUGUCGCGAACAAGCCGGGCAGUGGGCGUCUGCUUCCGUCCACUAUCGUAAAACUGUAGCAAAAAUUCCGGAAAACGACAACGCAGUGCUCGGACUGGCACGAUGUCUGAUACAAAUGAACCAAUGGAGAGAAACCGUAGACCUUCUCUCCCAGUUCACCGAAAAAUUCCCAGGACACGAAAAAGCGCUCCUUGUACUCGGAUGCGUGCUGAUGGAAAUCCAACAAAUCGCGGCCGCAGCGGAAUGCUUUGAGAGCGUUCUUGACACCAACGAAUCGUCUAUGAUUGCACGACGAAAACUCGCGGAAAUUUCACUGAAUAACCAAUGCUAUGAAGCCAGUCUCAAUCACUAUUUGGCCCUGCGGGCGCUGGAUCCCAGUGACAGUUCCGUCCAUCUUGAGCUCGCCCGGAUUUAUCGGAAACUCUCUCGAGCCGAAGAAGCGGUGGACUGCUAUCUGGCCGUUCUGAAGCAGGAUCCUGACUCUUUCGAGUCCAACCUUGCGGUUGGGACGAUUUUCCACGAACUCACCUUGAACGAGAAGGCGACGCCCUAUCUCAAGAUGGCCCUCAAGUCAAAAGCUGACUGCAUUGACGCACUCUAUGCGUUGGGAAAAAUAGAAAAAGCCAAGAACAAUCUUUCCUCCUCGAAAGAAUACUUCCAAACUGCUUUGCAGGCUUUUGUGAAAACAUUGCCUACUCUUCUAUUGCGCUGUCUAAAUCACCUCCCUAGAGGUCAAUACAAACUGUUCGACGCAGAUCUCGACUUCCUCCUGAACAAUAUCAAAUCACCUAUCGACUCACUGAUACAAACGCUUAUCAAUUACGCCGAGCUCUCAUUUGGAGCCGGCUAUGUCCAAGAAGCGAAAGUGGUCUAUUUUGCUGUACUGAAGUAUAGCUGCCACCAUGUGACUGCGCACUAUAACCUGGCGAAACUAUUCGAAGCACUCGGAGACGUUGAUUCUGCUCUUAAACACUACGGCAUUUUGAGCGAAAUUCAUCCUAUCGCCGACGUCCAUUUCUCUCUUGCUAAAAACCUGCUUGUCAAAGAAAACAUGUCUGACAAGGUCGUCGAGCACCUCGUCAAAGCAACAGAAAUCCAGCCACUUCUGAAGCCCGCGUGGGACCUGCUUGCGCACACUUACUUCACCCAACAAAAAUACGAACACGCUCAAAAAUCUUACAAAAAAAUCACACAGUUAGAUCCACGCGAUCUCAAUGCGCAUCUCCACAUCGGCAUCUGUCUGUCCAAAUUGAACAGAUAUCGAGAAGCCGAAGCAGUCUAUCGACACAUCAUACAUCUGGACCCAAAUUAUGCCCCUCCCUAUUACCACCUCAGUAGCAUACACUUUUCAUCUGGACGCACUGGUCAAGCGCUAAAAAAUAUGUCUAAAUACCUAACAUUAUCCCCUGACGAUGCAAACGCUCAUCUUUCAUACGCUGUCCAUCUUUUGGCCCUCAACGAUCGAAAACUAAAAAGAACUGCGAUAGAACACCUCAACGAAGCCGUGAAGCGUGCCCCGCACCUCGUUCCCUCCAACUACCUCCCACUCCUUGACACGCACGCCGUGACGAACCCAUAAUGCUUCCCUCGCGACCACCUUGGACGCGUCACGUAAGUACCAUAAUAAUGCCUCCACCUUUUCCGAAUAAGGACGUAACACCCAGCCAUUCCGACGAGGCUGGAAUGCUCUCGAAUACACGUCCAGAACGAACGAAGAUUCGCCGAAAAUAUUUGCAAAGCCGAAUCGGCGAACCUCGAUCGAAACUCCUCCGUUAGGAACAAACGCGGCAAGUGGAGAGACCAUCUCGCAAACGUAAAAAAAAUCAGAGAUACGAAAAAAAAAAGUACAGAUCCGUGACUCGUGACCUUUACCACCCCUAUAAUGAAAUAAAAAGGAACAAACUAUACCUCUUCCUUUUUAA